CUCGCUCUCCCGCCCUCCCUCAGCUCCACUUAGAGGCCGCACUCGAGCCCGGCGGCCCAGAGAAAUGGAGAGCCCUUGCGCAGGAAGCGCCUCGCCGGCCUCUGCGGCCCGGGCGUUGGGCACGCUACGGAGGCAAGGUACGGCCCUGGUCAGCCCCAGGACGCGCAACAAACGGGUGACGAAGGCGAAGGCCAAGAAACGAGUCCUCGACGAGGAAGAGUAUAUCGAGGGCCUCCAGACAGUGAUUCAGCGGGACUUCUUUCCUGAUGUGGAGAAGCUGCAAGCCCAGAAGGAAUACUUGGAGGCCGAGGAGAGCGGGGACCUGGAGCGCAUGCGGCAGAUAGCCAUCAAGUUUGGCUCCUCCCUGGGCAAAUUGUCGCGGGACACUCCUCUGCCGUAUGUGACCCCAGCCACGUUUGAAACUCCUGAAGUUCACCCAGGCACUGCCUCCUUGGCAACUAAGCCCAGGCUUCGUGCUAAAGGUCCUGAGGAAGGGUCGGGAGAAACAGAGGAAGAGGAGGACAAAGAGCCCCUCCCUAGUCUCGACGCUUUCCUGACCAGGUACACCAGUGAGGACAAUGCCUCGUUCCAGGAGAUCAUGGAAGUGGCCAAGGAGAAGGAGCGGGCCCGGCACGCCUGGCUCUACGAGGCAGAGGAUGAGUUUGAAAAGAGGCAGCAGGAUAACCUGGCCCUCCCGUCCACCGAGCAACAGGCCCUGCAGAGCAGCCAGGCCGGGGUGGAGACCUGGAAGUACAAGGCUAAGAAUUCUCUGAUGUACUACCCGGAGGGCGUCCCCGACGGGGAGGACGUGUUUAAGAAGCCCCGGCAAGUGCUGCACAGAAACACGCGCUUCCUCAAGGAUCCUUUCAGCCAAGCCCUGAGCAAGUCCCAGCUCCAGCAGGCGGCUGCCCUCAAUGCCCAGUACAAACAGGGUAAAGUGGGACCCGACGGCAAGGAGCUGAUCCCCCAGGAGUCUCCCAAGGUCAAUGGGUAUGGAUUUGUUGCCACUCCUUCUCCCGCCCCAGGUGUGAAUGAAUCUCCCAUGAUGACAUGGGGGGAGGUUGAGAGUACCCCCUUGCGAAUUGAUGGGUCAGAAACGCCGUAUGUGGACCGAACUCCGGGACCAGCCUUCAAGAUCCUGGAGCCCGGACGCAGAGAGAGGUUAGGGCUCAAGAUGGCCACGGAGGCUGCUGCCAAGAACCGAGCCAAGAAACAAGAGGCCCUGAGGAGAGUCACAGAGAACCUGGCCAGCCUCACCCCCAAAGGCCUGAGCCCAGCCAUGUCCCCGGCCCUGCAGCGCCUCGUGAACAGGACCGCCAGCAAAUACACCGACAAGGCCCUGCGGGCCAGCUACACGCCCUCCCCCGUCCACCCUGGCUACAAGACGCCUGCCGGCGGCCCGCAGACUCCCACGGGCACUCCCGCCCCCAGCACUACCACAAGGACUCCUCUCACCCAGGACCCCGCCUCCAUCACCGACAACCUGCUGCAGCUCCCCAAGAGACGGAAAGCCUCGGAUUUCUUCUGAGAAGCGGGCCCUGGGGGCCCCGGGCCGCCUGCCCUGGCUGUGGGAGCCUUGGGCAGCUCGGUCUCUGCCAGACUUGACUCCUCACCUUGGCAGCAGGACGCUUCGUCAGGUGGGAUGGAAAGGCCCCCUGUGGAGGGGCCACAUGUGGACCCAGCUACGAGUCGGGCACUUGGUCGUAGUCUUUUAUAUGCAAGCUAAAAUCGCGGCUGUCAUUAAAAGGAAAAACUGAA